ACGUGCCGCCCUACUUUAAGACGGAGCCGGUGCGGAGCCAGUUGCACCUGGAGCGUAACAGGCUCGUGUUGACGUGUAUGGCAGAGGGGAGCUGGCCCCUGGAGUUCAAAUGGAUCCACAAUGGCACUGAGCUCACACGUUUCUCACAGGAGUACAGGUACUUGAUUCCCUCCCUGGACCGUUCCCAUGCUGGCUUCUACCAAUGUAUCAUCAGGAACCGUGUUGGAGCCUUACUACAGAGGAGGACUGAAGUGCAGGUUGCAUUUAUGGGCGGUUUUGAGGAGGGUGAGCGCGACCAGUCGGUCUCUCAGGGGGAGGGGGCAGUGGUUCCCGCUCCACGCAUCAGGAGCUUUCCCCAGCCGCAGGUCACAUGGUUCAGAGACGGACGCAAGAUACCACCCAGCAGCCGCAUAGCCAUUACUCUGGACAACACUCUGGUCAUCCUGUCCACGGUGGCCCCUGAUGCUGGACGUUACUACGUACAGGCUGUCAACGACAAGAACGGCGAAAACAAGACCAGCCAACCCAUAACCCUUUCUGUCGACAAUGUUGGUGGGCCUGCAGACCCCAUUGCCCCCACCAUAAUCAUCCCCCCAACAAACACCAGUGUAGUGUCAGGCACGUCUGAAGUCACCAUGGAGUGUGUCGCGAACGCAAGACCACUGAUCAAACUCAGCAUCACAUGGAGGAAGAACAGGGUUCUGGUCACCAGUGGUCUGAGUGACUUCAACCGCAGACUGACCAUUAUCGGCCCUGUGGUCAGUGACUCAGGGUUCUAUGAAUGUGAGGUGGUCCUCCGCAGCAGCAGUGUGCCUUCUGUCAAUGCUGGGGCCUACCUUCAUGUUCAAGAGCCUCCCCAGUUUGUGAAGGAACCAGAGAAACACAUCAUUGCUGAGAUGGAGAAAGUGGUGGAUAUCCCCUGUCAGGCACGAGGUGUGCCUCAACCAGACAUUGUGUGGUAUAAGGAUGCGGCGCCCAUCAGCCCAGUGAAAACCCCCAGGUAUAGGGUGUUAGUGGGGGGCAGUUUGCAGGUCAACGGCCUUCUUCCUGACGACACAGGGAUGUUCCAAUGCUUUGCACGGAACCUGGCAGGAGAGGUGCAGACCAACACCUACCUGGCUGUCACUAGCAUCGCCCCUAACAUCACAGCUGGACCAUCUGACAGCACGGUGAUUGACGGCAUGUCAGUCAUUCUCCACUGUGAAACAUCAGGAGCACCAAGACCAGCUAUCACCUGGCAGAAAGGUGAGCGUGUUCUGGCCAGUGGUUCUGUUCAGCUGCCCAGGUUCACCUUGCUGGAGUCAGGCAGCCUGCUCAUCUCCCCAUCCCACAUAUCAGACGCUGGCACCUACACCUGCAUGGCCAGCAACUCCCGGGGCAUAGACGAGGCUGCUGCUGACCUUGUGGUGUGGGCUCGCACCCGUAUCAACACCCCCCCUCAGGACCAGAGUGUCAUCAAAGGCACCAAGGCCACUGUGACCUGUGGAGUUACACACGACCCCAGUGUCACGGUCAGGUAUGUGUGGGAGAAGGAGGGCUUGGUCAUCAACGCCCAGUCUAUCCCUCGUAUCCGACUGGACCCGGAUGGUACCCUCCACAUCUCCCAGACCUGGUCAGGUGACAUCGGGACCUACACCUGUAGGGUUAUGUCGGUAGGAGGCAACGACUCACGCAGCGCACACCUCCGAGUCAGACAGCUGCCCUAUGCUCCAGAGAACCCUGCGGCCCUGCUAAGUUCCUCAGAAAAGAGGGCCAUUAACCUGACCUGGGCCAAGCCCUUCGACGGGAACAGCCCCCUGCUUCGCUACAUCCUGGAGGUCUCUGAGAACAACGCUCCCUGGGCUAUCCUCCUGGCCAACAUAGAGCCUGAGUCGACAGCAGUGACCGUCAGUGGACUCAUCCCAGCACGCUCCUACCAGUUCCGCCUGUGUGCCGUCAACGACGUGGGCAAGGGCCAGUUCAGCAAGGAGACUGACCGUGUAUCUCUACCAGAGGAACCUCCCAGUGCCCCUCCCCAGAAUGUGAUCGCCAGCGGCCGCACCAACCAGUCCAUCAUGAUCCAGUGGCAGCCCCCACCAGAGAGCCACCAGAACGGGGUUCUCAGGGGCUACAGCGUCCGGUAUCGUCUAACAGGUCUUCCAGUGGACUACCAGAGUAAGAACAUCUCCAAACCCGACGUUACCAACAUUCUCCUGGAGGACCUGAUCAUCUGGACCAACUAUGAGAUAGAGGUGGCAGCCUACAACAGGGCGGGGCUAGGAACCUUCAGCCACAAGGUCACUGAGUGGACGCUGCAGGGAGUGCCGACUAUAGCCCCCAGUAAAGUUCAGGUGGAGGCCGUCAAUUCCACGACCAUCCGUAUCACCUGGGCCGCCCCUAACCCUCAGUUUAUCAACGGGAUCAACCAGGGAUACAAGCUGUUGGCAUGGGAGCCAGGUCAGGAAGAGGAGGUCACCAUGGUUACAGUGAGACCUAACUUCCAGGACAGUGUGCAUGUGGGCUAUGUGACGGGGCUGAAGAAGUUCACAGAGUACUACAGCUCUGUGCUGUGUUUCACUACGCCUGGAGACGGCCCCCGCAGCCCCGCCAACGGCCUGAGGACACAUGAAGACACUCCUGGGGCGGUGGGUGACCUGAGCUUCACAGAGAUCCUCGACACGUCUCUCAAAGUGAGCUGGAGAGAACCUGAAGAGAAGAACGGAGUCCUCACAGGGUACCGUAUCUCAUGGGAGGAGUUUAACCGCACCAACACACGGGUGACCCACUACCUCCCCAACGUGACCCUGCAGUACCGCGUCACAGGGCUGACUGCCCUCACCACCUACACCAUCGAGGUGGCCGGCAUGACCUCCAAGGGCCAGGGAAAACUGUCCUCCUCCACAAUCUCUUCUGGAGUACCUCCAGAGCUGCCUGGUCCUCCCACCAACAUGGCCAUCUCCAACAUUGGCCCUCGAUCCAUCACUCUCCAGUUCAAACCCGGCUACGAUGGAAAGACCUCCAUCUCUCGCUGGCAGGUAGAGGCCCAGGUCAGUGUGAUAGGAGACAAUGAGGACUGGGUGAUUGUUCACCAGCUGCCCAACGAGCCUGAUGCCCGAUCCCUGGAGGUGCCAGGACUAAACCCAUACACAUUUUACAGGUUCCGUAUGCGUCAGGUGAACAUUGUGGGGACUAGUCCUCCCAGUCAGCCCUCCAGGAAGAUCCAGACCUUGCAGGCCCGUCCAGAUAUGUUCCCCGCUAACGUCACCCUGCGCACGGCCAGCGAGACCAGUCUGUGGCUCCGAUGGGUGCCCCUACCAGAGUGGGAGUACAAUGGGGACCCAGAGGUGGUGGGCUACCGGGUCCAGUACUCCCGCACAGGCUCCCAGGGUAGGGCGCUGACCCAUGUGAUCGCUGACCGGCUGGAGAGGGAGUUCACCAUCGAGGACCUGGAGGAGUGGACAGAGUAUGAUGUCAGGGUUCAGGCUCUCAAUGGCAUUGGGGCCGGGCCCUGGAGCCAGCCUGUCAGAGGAAGGACCAGGGAGUCUGUCCCCUCCUGUGGCCCCACCAACGUGUCAGCCUUUGCCACAACCUCCAGCAGUAUCCUGGUGCGCUGGUUUGAAGUACCAGAACCAGACCGGAAUGGGCUGAUCUUGGGAUACAAGGUGUUGUAUAGGGAGAAGGACUCUGACUCUUCCCUCCAGUUGUGGACAGUGGAUGGGAACGCCAGCCACAGUGUCCAGCUGACUGGUCUGGGGAAAUACGUCCUCUAUGAGAUCCAGGUCCUGGCCUUCACCCGCAUCGGAGACGGCAUGCCCAGCUCACCACUCAUACUGGAGAGAACUCUGGACGACGUGCCCGGCCCUCCAGUGGGCAUCCUGUUCCCUGAGGUCCGGACCACCUCGGUGCGUCUCAUCUGGCAGUCCCCGUCCCAGCCUAAUGGUAUCAUCCUGGCCUAUCAGAUCACGUAUCGUCUGAACUCGACCAAUAGCAACACGGCCACAGUGGACGUCUUAAACCCGAGUGCUCGCCAGUACAUGGUGACUGGCCUGAAACAAGAGUCAGUGUACGUGUUCCGCAUCACAGCCCAGACACGCAAGGGCUGGGGGGAGGCUGCAGAGGCACUGGUGGUCACUACCGAGAAGAGAGCUCGCCCUCAGCCCACCGGGCGUCCCAUGGUGCCCCAAGAGAAUGUUCAGGCCCGCAGCGUGUUGUUGUCAUGGGAACCAGGCAGCGAUGGCCUCUCUCCGGUCCGCUACUACACCGUGCAGCUGAGAGAACUGCCCGACAGCAACUGGACCGUCCACUCUGCCUCGGUCAACCACGAGUCUAGCUUCUACAUAGUUGGCAGGCUGAAGCCCUUCAUCUCCUACCAGUUUAGAGUGAAAGCCACCAACGACAUAGGAGACAGUGAAUACAGCGAGGAGAGUGAAGUUAUCACCACACUACAGGACGCCCCUGACGAAGCCCCCACAAUCCUCUCUGUCACACCACACACAACUACAUCCGUGCUGAUUCGCUGGCAGCAUCCGUCUGAGGAGAAGAUUAACGGUAUCCUCCUGGGUUUCCGGAUACGAUACCGGGAGCUCAUGUACGACCGCCUCCGCAGCGUCUCCGUACGCACCGCCAACAGCCCCUCCAAUACAUGGACCGAGCUCAACUCCCCCUACAGCGUGAGAAACCUGAGCGAGUCCUCUCUCACCCAGUAUGAGCUGGAUAACCUGAGCAAACACAAGCGCUAUGAGAUCAGGAUGAGUGUGUAUAACGCCGUGGGGGAGGGACCAACCAGCACACCACAGGAAGUGUUUGUAGGAGAAGCAGUACCCACCGCCCCACCUCAGAACGUGGCCAUCCAAUCAGCAACGGCCACCCAGCUGGACGUGACGUGGGAGCCUCCUCCAUUGGACUCUCAGAACGGAGACAUCCAGGGAUACAAGGUGUACUUCUGGGAGAUCCAGCACAAGAAUGAGACGGAGAGACUGCGCACCCUUUUCCUGCCAGAGGGAGGGGUCAAGCUGAAGAACCUGACUGGAUACACCACCUACAUGAUCAGUGUGGCCCUCUUCAACGCAGCAGGGGACGGGCCCCGAAGCCCACCAACCAGGGGCCGUACACAACAGGCUGCCCCCAGCGCUCCCAGCUUCAUCCACUUCAGUGAGCUGACUACCACGUCAGUCAACGUGUCCUGGGGUGAGCCCACCUACCCCAACGGCAUUCUAGAGGGCUACCGGCUGGUCUACGAGCCCUGCACCCCUGUUGACGAAUCUUCCGUGGCCUGUGCCGACUGUCUUCACUCCCCCUCCCCCCCAGGCGUCAGUAAGAUAGUGACGGUGGACGUCAAAGGGGCCCCGUUCUGGAUGAAGAUCAAGGACCUGGCUGACGGGGUGACCUACAACUUCAGGAUCCGGGCCAAGACGUUCAUAUACGGGCCUGAGGUGGAGGCUAACAUCACCAUGGGGCCUGGGGAAGGAGCCCCGGGCCCCCCUGGAGAGCCUUUCAUCUCUCGGUACGGCUCAGCUCUUACCAUCCACUGGUCCAACGGUGACCCCGGGAGUUCGCCUAUCACACACUACGUCAUCGAGGCCAGACCUUCAGAUGAGGGCUUGUGGGAUAUCUUGAUCAAGGACAUCCCAAAGGAAGUGACGUCAUACGCCUUCAACAUGGACAUUCUGAAGCAAGGGGUUAGUUAUGACUUCCGGGUUAUUGGCGUGAACGACUAUGGCUACGGGUCUCCUAGUCCACCCUCAGCCUCCAUAUCUGCCAAAAAGGUGGCGCCAUUCUACGAGGAGUGGUGGUUCUUGGUGGUGGUGGCCCUGGUAGGUCUUAUCUUCAUCCUCCUUCUGGUCUUCAUCCUCAUCAUCAGAGGACAGAGCAAGAAGUACGCCAAGAAAUCUGACUCAGGGAACAACUCCAACUGUAAUGCCCUGACCCAUGGAGAUAUGGUCAGCCUGGACGAGGGACGCUUCCCCGCCCUGGAACUCAACAACCGACGGCUGUCCGUCAAGAACUCCUUCUGCCGUAAGAACGGUGUCUAUACCAGGUCUCCUCCUCGGCCCAGCCCAGGCAGUCUCAACUACUCUGACGAGGAUUUGAGCACCACCAAGUACAACGAUCUGAUCCCAGCUGAGAGCAGCAGCCUGACAGAGAAACCAUCUGAGAUAUCAGACUCUAAGGAGGCCCUGGUGUUCUCAUAUGGGACGGGUGGUCUGCGUGUGCUUCCACUGAACUGGGGCAGUGACAGUGAGUACGAAGUGGACCAGCACAGACAGAAGACACACUCCUUUGUGAGCCACUACAUCAGUGACCCCACCUACUACAACUCCUGGCGCCGCCAGCAGAAGGGCAUCUCCCGGGCACAGGCCUACAAUUAUACAGAAUCAGAGUCGGGUGACCCGGAGCCCUGCGCCCCGUCACCACCCCUGCCCCCGCUACCACCCCAGCUCACCUCCACCACCCCUCUACCCCAGACCCAGACCCAGCCCCAUGGUCAACCACAGGGCCUCACACCCCAGGGCCAGGGUAGUCUGUUCAGGCCUAAAGGCAGCCGGACUCCCACCCCCUCUCAGCAGCUCUCCAACUCCACCCCUCCUAGCCACUCCAACACCCUGUCCUACUGGCCACCCAGCAGCCCCAGCCCAGCCCCUGGAUCUCGGGCCCCCAUCGCCGGGUUCUCCUCAUUCGUUUGAUUCCGAGAGGGAUCUGUGUUCCCUUCUGAAAACAAAACCCACCCUGCUGCCCAACGUGUCUAGAGAGUAAAUACCCAACACAAAAAAACCUCAGAAUCCACCAUCUUGAUUUCUGUUUCUCUGUUUUUUCUUACUUGUUUUUCUUCUUUCCUUUUUAUUACAGAGUUGUGUUUUAAGGAUCAUACUGUACACAAACAUGACAGAAGUUACCUACUUUAUUCCACUACAUUGUUCCUCUUGUGUGUGUGUGCUGGUAUAGUUUUAUUUUGUGUGUGUGC